CUUGCGACCGGAAAAGGCGGGUACCCAGCUCUUUUCGAAAAGCAUUGUGGGAUUGGAAGCCGGGGAAAGCUUCUCGAAGGAACUGCAAAGAUGAUGCAUAAUACACCAGUUAUCCUGUUGAAGGAGGGGACCGACACCUCCCAAGGUGUCCCCCAGCUCGUCAGCAACAUCAAUGCCUGCCAGGUCAUUGCAGAGGCUGUGAGGACCACCUUGGGACCCAGGGGGAUGGACAAGCUGAUGGUCGAUGGCAGAGGUAAGGCCACCAUCUCCAACGACGGUGCCACCAUCCUGAAGCUCCUGGACGUGGUCCACCCAGCCGCCAAGACCCUGGUGGACAUCGCCCGCUCCCAGGAUGCUGAGGUGGGCGACGGCACCACCUCCGUCACCCUGCUGGCCGCCGAGUUCCUGAGGCAGCUGAAGCCGUACGUGGAGGAGGGCCUCCACCCGCAGACCAUCAUCCGCGCGUUCCGCACCGCCACGCACCUCGCCGUCAAGAAGAUCAACGAGAUCUCCGUCCCCGUCAAGAAGGGCGACAAAAAGGAGAUGAGGGAGCUGCUGGUGAAGUGCGCCUCCACGGCGCUCAACUCCAAGCUGAUCGCCGGCCAGAAGGGCUUCUUCUCGGAGAUGGUGGUUGACGCCGUCAUGUCCCUGGACGAGCUGCUGCCCCUCAAGAUGAUCGGCAUGAAGAAGGUUCAGGGAGGAGCUCUGGAGGAGUCCCAGCUGGUGGACGGCGUGGCCUUCAAGAAGACCUUCUCCUACGCCGGCUUCGAGAUGCAGCCCAAGCGCUACGACAACCCCAAGAUCGCCCUGCUCAACGUGGAGCUGGAGCUCAAGGCCGAGAAGGAGAACGCAGAGAUCCGCGUCAACUCUGUCGAGGAAUACCAGGCCAUCGUGGACGCCGAGUGGAACAUCCUGUACGACAAGCUGGAUAAGAUCUGCAAGUCCGGGGCCAAGGUGGUGCUGUCCAAGCUGCCCAUCGGAGACGUGGCCACGCAGUACUUCGCCGACAGAGACCUGUUCUGCGCCGGGCGCGUGCAGGAGGAGGACCUCAAGAGGACCAUGAUGGCCUGCGGUGGGUCCAUCCAGACCUCCGUGGGGUCCAUGACAGACAACGUCCUGGGCCAGUGUGAGCUGUUCGAGGAGGUCCAGGUGGGAGGAGAGAGGUAUAACUUCUUCAAGGGCUGCCCCAAGGCCAAGACGUGCACCAUCCUGCUGCGCGGCGGCGCCGAGCAGUUCAUGGAGGAGACGGACCGCUCCCUCCACGACGCCAUCAUGAUCGUGAGGCGCGCCAUCAAGAACGACUCCAUCGUGGCGGGCGGCGGCGCCAUCGAGAUGGAGCUGUCCAAGUACCUGCGGGACUACUCCCGCACCAUCCCGGGCAAGCAGCAGCUGCUGAUCGGCGCCUACGCCAAGGCCCUGGAGAUCAUCCCCCGGCAGCUGUGCGACAACGCCGGCUUCGACGCCACCAACAUCCUCAACAAGCUGCGCGCCAAGCACGCACAGGGCGGCAUGUGGUACGGCGUGGACAUCAACAACGAGGACAUCGCCGACAACUACGUGGCGUGCGUGUGGGAGCCCUCCAUCGUGCGCAUCAACGCCCUCACCGCCGCCUCCGAGGCCGCCUGCCUCAUCCUGUCCGUGGACGAGACCAUCAAGAACCCCCGCAGCAGCAUGGACGGACCCCCGGGGGGCGGCCGGGGGCGGGGCCGCGGCCGGCCCCACGCCCACUAGGCGGCGCCGGGACCACCACCACCACGACGACGAGGAGGAGGAGGAAGAGCCGGAGCUUUGGGAUCACAUACACGCGCGAUGGUUAAGAUAAUUGCAGGUCCGAGUGUUCCCACAAGGGGGCGACAGGUGACCUUUAAACUAGCGGUUGCAUUUACGACUAGUAAAUACCAUUACAGAAGGAUAACCAACCGGUGGUUCGGAUUUCAACCAUUUUGUUACUUUUGGUCCAAUUUCCCCCAGUGCGCGUGGCCGUUUGUGUUGCAGAAGUGUGUGUGGAUAUAAAUGUCAUCGGUCACUGUACUUGUUUUUUAUGUUUUGGCUUGGACGUUUCCUCCAUAACUUGUCAUGACACCUAUUCUCUUGCAGUGAUUGUCGCCCAAACGCACUCCUUUCCCCCAGAAUUGACCCCACACACGGUGUUUAUCCUAACUUGUUCCAGUAAGGGGGGGGGGGGGCCUCAAAUAAGAAACCGGUUUGGUAACAUGUAGAAAAGCACUGAUUGGUUGAGUAGUUCUGAAGCAUUUCUUAUUGGUCGGGCUGUGUGAAACUAUUUAUUGGACCACUCUUAACAAUAAAAUCCACAGCUUAAAGCA